GACCCGAGCGAAGGUCGAAAGCGAGGCUUCGCUGCCAUCAGCUCCCGGUUGCCGGUGGGUCGGAGGUUCGAGCCCUGGGGAGGGAAGAGAGCAGAAAACAAGGAUAGCUCACCUUUAAACCCAGUGCCCUUCCUCCCCCCUCUGCCUGCCCACCUUUUGCUCUCCAGGCAGACAUUCCGCGGUCAAUCUCUUUCUCUCUGUCUCCCCCUCCCUCUCCGUACCCCCACCUCCCUUCCCCUUCCUUCACCCCCCAAACCCAUCACUCCCUUUAUUCUCCUUCUUCGCCCCCCCCCACCCCCCGCAUUGAUGGAUCGACUCCUGUGAAGACCCGAAAAGGACAAUCCUGGAUUCCCGAGUCAACCACAACACACAAACACACUCCAAAAAAAAACACAAACCGAGAAUUGCGCUUUUUUUUUUAAAAAAAGACUCUUUAUAAUUUAAUUUGGCAACUAUUUUCCCGGUUGGAAGGCUGGACACGUACAAGAACAACCGUCCCACAAUGUGCUGCCUAACAUCUGCCGAAGCAAAGUUGUAAAUGGAUUUUGUCGAGCACGGGAUGAUGGCUCAUGGAAUUCCUUCGCAGGGGAAAAUUACCAUCACGGUGGACGAGUACAGCUCCAACCCAACUCAGGCUUUCACUCACUACAACAUUAACCAGAGUCGCUUUCAGCCACCCCACGUGCAUAUGGUUGACCCUGUCCCAUAUGACACUCCGAAACCAGCAGGCCACACACGAUUUGUCUGCGUCUCAGACACACACUCCCGAACAGAUGGCAUUCAGAUGCCGUAUGGGGACAUUCUGCUUCACACGGGUGAUUUUACAGAGCUGGGACUCCCCACGGAGGUUAAGAAGUUCAACGAUUGGUUAGGAAGCCUUCCCUAUGAAUAUAAAAUAGUCAUCGCUGGAAACCAUGAACUAACGUUUGAUAAGGACUUCAUUGCUGAGCUGGUGAAGCAGGACUACUACCGCUUCCCAUCUGUCUCCAAGUUGAAGCCCGAGGACUUUGAUAAUGUCCAGUCACUCCUGACCAAUUGUAUUUACGUACAAGACUCGGAAAUAACAGUGAAAGGAUUUCAAAUAUAUGGCACACCGUGGACACCGUGGUUUAAUGGCUGGGGCUUCAACUUGCCCAGAGGCCAGUCUUUGCUGGACAAGUGGAAUCUAAUUCCAGAGGGAAUCGAUAUUCUCAUGACACAUGGACCACCAUUGGGUUUUCGAGACUGGGUUCCCAAAGAGUUACAGAGAGUUGGUUGUGUCGAGCUCUUAAACACAGUGCAGAGGCGAGUACGGCCAAAACUACACGUCUUUGGAGGAAUCCACGAGGGUUACGGUAUCAUGACAGACGGCUACACCACAUACAUAAACGCCUCCACUUGCACAGUCAGCUUCCAGCCAAUAAAUCCGCCAAUUAUCUUUGACCUUCCGAACCCUCAAGGCUCCUGAGAACUGCUCCUCACAGCAAGAUGGAGGUUCUAUAAACUGCCAUUUUUUUUUCUAAUGGAAAGCGUGACUUUAAAAGAAAAAUAAUAAUUCUGUUUAAAUGUUUUCUCUUGUAUGACCUGGUUCUUUUUUUUUGUAAAAAUGCUGGUACAAAUCGUAGCGAUUGUGCUGUUAAUACAGAUUGGUUCUCAUAAGAUUAAUGAAGCUUUGUGACUUUGUAAGAGCUGAACUAUGAUAUUUUGUUUGCAUCUGCUGGUUCAACUGUUAAGGAAAUAAUCGCAGUCAUUGAAUGUCAGAUUUUUGGUUUCAAUUCAGAACAGAUUUCUUGAUGUCAGAGGUUUCUGAAGAGGCUAUCUUCAACAAAAAUGAACAUUUUGAUGUGAAGGUGGAUGAUUGUAACCAGGUGAAUUCCUUCUGAAAUUCCCCCCUCCACAUGUCCCUGCCAAUUUGUGCCCCUUUGGCAAAUGUUGGUAACCCAACCCCAUCUCAUGGCCACUGCUAAAGAAAUGAGGACUGACUUUUUGACGGAUCAAUCCUCACUAAGCUUUGGAAUCAUCCACCAAUUAAUGCUACCAGUUUCUCUUGGCCCUCAAUCAAGCCUUUCAAUUUUCUAUUCCCUGUAUUCCAUUUCGAAACAUAAAAAAGCCCAUAAUCGAAAUGCUUUAAUGAAGCUUAAGGUGUCCAUUUAGUGUAUGUGCUUUUGCACAAAGAGUUUGCUUCUGUGUUUUAGCUGUAUAAUGUCAUUCCUGGCUAAAGACUUGGCCAGAUACAGAAACUAUUCUUAUUUACCAGUGGAGCAGAUCAAAAGCUUUGGAACAUUUAAUUUACUGAAUUGACGACAUUCAAUAGCCCAGCGAAGCUGAGCAUUAGUCAUCUCCUUAUAAGGCUGCUAGAUUCCCUGCAUGCUGCGUUCUUGAUCCAUGAAGAGCUUUCUGUUUGGUUCGUGAACACAGGCAAGUCAUUUCCCAGUGUGAAUUGGGGUCAGAAAAAUAAUCAGCGGGUGGAUUGUGUCCUUUGUUCCUGAAUGGCAUGUUUGUGGUUAGAAAUUGUAAGUGGUUGGCGUGAGACCAAGUGGGAUAGGAAGGUUGCUAAGGAGAGAGAAAGGUUGCUUCAAUUGAUCUUCCACACUCUCUAUUGUAACAGGUAAGAGUGAUAAAUUACCAUUAGGGCCAUCAAACCCAUCCUCAUCCAGUCAACUGCCUUAAGCCAUUAUCUAAAAUAUUUGCCCAUAAUCCUCACUUUCUUCUGAUAAGGGGAGUUAUAGAGUCAUAGAGAUGUACAGCGUGGAAACAGACCCUUCAGUUCAACUCGUCCAUGCCGAUCAGAUAUCCCAACCUGAACUAGUCCCAUUUGCCAGCACUUGACCCAUAUCCCCAUAAACCUUUCCCAUUUAUAUACCUAUCCAGAUGCCUUUUAAAUGUUGCAAUUGUACCUGCCUCCUCCACUUCCUCUGGCAGCUCAUUCCAGCCAUGCACUACCCUCUGCGUGGAAAGGUUGCCCCUUAGGUCCUUUUUAUAUCUUUCCCCACUCACCAUAAACCUAUGCCCUCUAGUUCUGGACUCCCCGACCCCAGGGAAGUGACUUUACACACAGAAUAAUUCGAAUGAUCUCCCAACAAUUCGCAACGCUUCCAAAGCAGGAUGGAUCUUGCCAAAGACCAUGUGCCAAAUGAUCACUUCUUGAGUUUUUUUUUGUGUGCUCUCUGCACCAAGGUUCAACCUCGUCAUCCAAACAAGGGUGCACCACCUCUUUCAAGAGGUUACUUCGCCUUCCUAGGCUAUGUCAUUGUUUCUCAGGAAUUUUGUUAUAUGAUCAGUUUUGAGUACCAACACCUUAGGCCUGAUUUCAGUAUGGGCAAUACUCACAUGGAACCUCACCAACCCAUGUAUCAGAAGAUCGCAAAUAUGCUCCCCAGGACAAGUUGGGAAUGUCACCACUCCAUUUUGAGAUGCCAUUAGAGUCUGGUGAAAGCAGAAGGUUUUGCUUUAAUUUGGUUAACUAUUUGCUUGCAGUCAUCUUGAAAGUUACCUCUUGUAUGUUCCUUUGCUCUUGUGCUUGGGUAUUGUUGUGUCCAGCUGUUUGAUUGAUGAAGAUCCCACAGCACUAUUCCAAGAAGAGUCUGGAUGUUCAUUUUGUGCUUUUCCAAUCCAUCACCGUCAAUAAUCAACUCCUAGUCACUAUCAUACUUACAGACAGAGAGUUCCCACCACCCUCUGAGAGAAACUCCUCACAAAAGCCUUUUGUUCAAGUUCAAGUGCUCCAAAUGUGUGCUAAGAAAAGUUAUAUUCAAGUUUAACAUAACUUCCAUGCUUUAAUUCUAUCACUUGGAAAAUCGGCUCCCUUGCUCUGUUUGCCUUUUCGUGGCCUGAUUAUCCUGUUCCACUUUAAUGAUUUGUGUCUCACUGCCUAUACAUUUCAGCACUCCAUUUAGAUAGUUAUAUCUUUGUUCAUCUUACAUUUAUGAAUCUCUUUGUCAGUGGCACACCCAUUGUGCAAGUUUGUUAAAGUCUUGCCAUAUUCUGUUACAGCCCUUCAAGUGUCUUAAUUAGACUAAUCCCAUUAAAUUUGAUACCAUUCUUAAAUUUUGAAAUUACAUAUGAGCCAGUAGUCACUUGUACAGAAGGAGAUGUAGGCUGUAGGGAGGAUCAAAAGCUGUCUAGGGAGCAAGCAUGAACAGAAGGAAACUGCAGAGGCACACUUCAGUGAGAGGAAGAGUUUUGAUUGAGAAACCUGCAGCUCUAGGAGGUCAGCUAAAAUGGCCAAUCUGACCCUGGGAAGAUUCUGUCUGUGUGCUCACCUUUCUGUUUGAUCCCCAGUGUUGCUCUGAAGCUGCAGUUAAAGCAAGCCAGUUAUUUUGUCAUUAAACGCUUAUUUUCAGAUGUAUCUAUCAAACCUGAUUUUCUUUCAGUACUGCAAGGGCGAUCAAGUAGGGCAGAAGUGAGUGAAGGAAUGUUCUGCCUGUGUACAGGGACAUUCAGGAAAUCUUCCCGUUAUUCCUGAGCUACAGUGCUAAGCCAAGCAUCUGGGAAGGAAUAGAUUUAAUUGGAUUCAACAUUAUCCUCCAUAUUUCAGUCAAACUGGAAGCGGUAAUUUUUCUAUCGGAACAUGUAUACAUGACAACACUAUGCUUGCGUCUCUAAUUCUCGUAGGACUUAACCAGAUGCUGCAGAAACUUGCUCACCAACCUAUGGAUUCUGGCAAGUCAUCCUUCCUAAUGUUGGCCAACACAUUAGUCCAGUGUUAGCGCAAAAAGCGGUUGUGGUAUCGGUCAACCAGUAUUAUUGACUUGCGAUGACAUAGCGCUAACAUUGAUUCCUCCUUGAGGUGAUGGCAGAGUUAUGUGCUUCACCUUCCAUCUUGCUUAAUCAAAAGCUGCAUCCAGAUUCUCCUGUAUAAUUGUAAAGAAGGAUCUUGUUUGUACAUCGAUUGAAGACUGAGGAAAUCACUUGUCUUAAGUACCCGAGAAAUGUCAGUAGGUCAUAACGUCCCUGGAGCCUACUCUGCAAAUCAAUACGAUUGUGGUUCUUCAUUUACAUUGACUUUAUUAGCCUGCGUUGUGCCCUGUUUCCCUUGAUUCCCUCAGUUCCCAUCUCAAUCUUGAAUAUGUUUAAUGAGAAAGCAUCGACAGCAUACUGAAGUAGAGAAUUCCCAACAUUCUCAGUCUCUGAAUGACGAUGCUUCUCCUAUACUCAGUCUCAGGUUAAGGGUUCAGCCAUUUAGGACUCCAACAUUCUACACUUCAAGGCCAAGGGGAUACCUCUGCAUGUCAACCUUUUCAAGGUUCCAAUAAAAUCACCUCUUGUUCUUCUGGAUGAUAGGAAAGAUGUAUUCCCAUUCUGUUGCAACUCUCCUCAGAACAGCCUUCUCAUCCCAGAACUCAAUCCUACGUUGCACCUGUUCAGAGAUAAGUAUAUGCUUCAUUAGGAAUGAGGACUAAAUUUGUCCUCUGUACUGCAGCUCUGCUCCCCGUAAGAGGCCAUUUGGCAUUUGUAGUGUCAUGAGUGGAGCUUAUCCCAAACAAGAUUUGCAUUACCAAGGAAACAGCUACCUGCAAGUAUUGAUUUGAGCACCAAGACAAUGGUCAUAACUUGUGUAAAUGUAGUGGGUACACAGAGUGCCAUCCACGAGAAACUAAAAUCAUCUAGACAUUUCGAAUUCAAAUCUGGAAUUUUAAUUUUAUUUAGCCGAGACUGCAGCAUCUUAUGUUUUUACAGUAGUUUCAAUGUAAGAAAAGUUCUAAAGAUCUUCAUAAAUGAAAUGAAUGCUGAGCAGCUGUAAGGGAGAUGGUGAAGAUUCAAAGAUCACUGGAGCUUUUUAAAAAAUGAGAGGAGCAGGAGAGUGUUUAGGAGUGAAUUUUUACAGUUGACAUUCUACCUACUUCCUGACUUUUUACUCAGUCUGCCUUCAUUUUCCAGGCUGUCCCCAUCUACCUGGUUUUGCAGCCAGAAGAAAUGCAGACUCUGUACUGUGACAGGAGUAGGAAAUCACUGGAAGAACAGCAGCAUAGCUACCUUUUUAGGUGCUUUCUAAACGAAGCUCCACACAUUGAAGUCUUUCUGUCCUCCUCAAGGACAUAGACCCACCCCAAACCCUACCAUUUCCACCACCUGCCUGGCCAUGCCCUCCAAUUGUUGAAAGCUUCUUUUCAUUUUGCAAGUUCUUUCAUCUCUCUGCUAUGUUCCUUGGAGCAAAAUGAAGCUAAUAACCUUGGACAAUUGCAGCAGAAAGCAGCAACAGUCCAGGAAUAAAUAAUACCUUUAUUUUUCCUCCUAUUAGAAAGUGUGGAUCUAAUCCAUUUCUUUUGAAAAUUGAUCAGUAACUCAGUAAGGGGAGAUUUGUUACUGGUUCAGAGUUUCAAUGGUGUGCCUCGAUUCCACUAAAGAAUAGACAUUUUCUGAAUACAGUACUCCAAGUACGUUCUCACCAUUGAGGUGUAAUUUAGAAGUUACUUUGGGAAAGGCUGGGUCAAAUUCAGAUUGAUAGAGCUCAACAGUAUCUUUGGGUCACAAACUGGAGAUGUCCUCAAACAAGCCUCUUUCAAGAAGCCAGUGCAGAAACCAAUGGCCACAUAGCAUUUUUCUGGACAGUAUCUAGGCUUUCAACUUGUUAAACAUCACUUUCAGUGUAAUUAAUCUUGGCGCAGGCAAGGGCAACAUUCAUUUUCCAUUGUGUUGACGCUAUGGGUUUUCUUGUUGUGGUGAGUUCAGAGGGUGGUUGAGGGUCUGCAACAUUGGCGUGGGACUCGAGUCACUUAAAAAUCCAGAUCAUGCAAAGGUGACAUCUCACAAUGCCCCACCCAUUUGUGAAACCCUACAAUAAAUGCACACCUUCACCUUCAUUAUCGCUUAUUUAUUCUUGUAACUGCUGGUCUUUUUUUAUUAUUGUUUUUUUGCACUGUGUAUAAAAGCAAGCUCGCUCGCGCACAUGAAGAAAAAAAGGUUAAUUGCCCAAUAACUUGUUUAAAGUUGAGCAUUAUAAAUGCUGGAGGGCUUCUUUUAUUUUCCCUUGAUUUUCCUCUCUCUGUUGAACGGAAAUUAGCAAAUAGAAUUCUUUUGUUUCCAUAAAA